AUUAUUUUUGUUGUUUUCAGUGUCUUGGAAAGAAAUUUCAUCUCAUUCAUUGUCACUUUCGUGUGUUUCGGCUCUCAUUAUGAGUGUUUAAUUUUUCCCGAGUGAGUUUUUUCAGUACCAGUGCUACUUAUGUUCAGUGAUGAGUUAUGGUAAACUUCCCGCACCCAACGAAAUGAACAAGUUCUACAGUCCGAAUUACACUCCCAAGUUAGGUGGUGCCCAGUCAGAAAGCAUGAGUGGACUCAAUAAAGACCCCGGCUCCCGUAUGAAUAUGGUCGCAAUGCCUCAACAGAGCUGCGAUUUUAAGAACCAAGCUUCGCCUCUUUACGAAAACCUAGACUAUUAUAACGGCCGCAAGCCAGCUCAAAGUCCUCCGUACUACCACCAGCUGCCUACGCAUACUAAGUCACAUUCCAUCAGCUCUCAGGACUCCAGACAUUCCCUUCAAAGACUAAAUAUUAUCGAUUCACAAUAUGAGUCUAAUCAUCACAAGGCUCAGCCUCAAGUUCCUGUGGGUAUGAAAUUUCCGCCGCCCAUGUCUUUCAAAGACAAGCCACCCUAUGAAGCACCGCCAGUUUAUGAAAACAUUCAGGAUUUGAAGAAACUAGUCAGUCAUGAACCGUCACAACCAGGUCCGCAAGUUCCUCUUGUAGAACCGAAACCACUCACACCUUCAAACUCAUCGCUUUCACUUCAGAAACCGAGUGUAACUCCUGCAGCUCAUUCACUCUCGAAACCCGUAAUUUCGCCAAAUGCUCACUCUCUACCCAAGCCGAUUAACCCUGCUUCUCAUUCACUUCCUAAGCCAAUGCCUCCACUUCAUGCUCAGUUUGCAUCAAAGUGUGAAAUAGUUUCAUCCAGCAGUGCAGUGGGUGUGACGAUGGGGCAGCCAGCACUUGCUAUGAGUUAUCAACGCAACACAUCGAGCUACGCUGAUCCUGUGACUCCUCCACUCCCUACCAAGCCGAAGCCCAUAGCCUCAUCUGGAAAGAACUUGCUCCCGUAUAAUGUGACACCCCCUCGACCCAUGGGGCCAACAGAGGCUGAACGAAAAAUUGAAGAGCUGACCAGGCAACUUGAGGAAGAAAUGGAGAAGCAAGAGGAAGAAGGGGAAUACUUUGGUAUCUGCCACACAUGUGGUGAAAAAGUAACAGGAGCGGGUCAAGCAUGUCAGGCCAUGGGAAAUCUAUACCAUACCAAUUGUUUCAUUUGUUGCUCAUGUGGACGUGCUCUGCGAGGCAAGGCAUUCUACAAUGUCCACGGUAGAGUCUACUGUGAAGAAGACUACCUAUACUCUGGUUUCCAGCAAACUGCCGAGAAGUGUGCUAUCUGCGGCCAUCUGAUCAUGGAAAUGAUUUUGCAAGCAAUGGGGAAAUCUUAUCAUCCAGGCUGCUUCCGCUGUUGUAUGUGCAAUGAGUGUUUGGAUGGAGUUCCUUUCACGGUCGAUGUUGACAAUAAAAUCUAUUGUGUCAAUGAUUAUCACAGAAUGUUUGCUCCAAAGUGUGCAGCUUGCGGGAAAGGAAUCACACCUGUUGAAGGCACAGAAGAAACAGUACGAGUUGUCUCAAUGGACAAGGAUUUCCAUGUUGAUUGCUACGUGUGUGAGGAUUGUGGUAUGCAGCUCACAGAUGAACCGGACAAGCGGUGCUAUCCUCUUGAAGGCCGACUCAUGUGCCGUCCCUGCCACAUCCAACACCUUAAUCACCAUCCCAAACAUUUGCAGAGUGUUUCUGCAACGUACCAGUACAUGGGUUAAUUCAACCUUCUUGUGUUUGAAGGUAGCAAAUCAGCUACUCAUCAAAAGCGACAUGCCUGUUAUGAUCGACAUUGAUUUUGCAAAAACUCGCAGUUCUUUCAA